AUGGAUUAUUUAACAGUGGAAUCUGCUUCUACAUCCUUGGUUCAGAGCAAAGAUGAAGAUACUGACAAUGAUCAACUUGAAGUGGACAACUCAAAAAGUGUUUUGCUCAAGAUUGCCACACUGUAUGCUGAACAGUUGAUGAGUGACCUUAUCCUGGAGGUGGCUGGUGUCAGCUACCCAGCUCAUAGGCUCAUUCUGUGUGCUAGUAGUGAAGUGUUCCAGAUAAUGUUAAUGAAUCGUGAAUGGAGUGAGUGGCGUGAGAGUCGUAUAGUUCUUCAAGAGACACCAUCAGCGGUGGCUGUCUUUCCACACUUCUUGAAGUACUUCUAUACGGGACAAAUUAAGAUAUCAUACACAUCUGUGUUGCCAGUACUGUCGCUAGCUGAUAAAUAUAAUGUUAAGGACCUCGUGAAUCUUUGCUUAGAGUACAUGUCCCAGCACAUAGCUCAAGCCGCACGACGCGGCCGGCUUAUAUCGUGGAUGCAAUACACUAUGGCAUGCGGACACAAUGAGGUUGCUAAGGCGUGUGUUCGUUUCGUGAAAUGGAACGUCGAGUGGGUGGUGGAGCGUGAGCUUGGUGAGCUUGAAGAUGACUCUCUGCUGCUGUUGAUGGACCAAAGCGACUUGGUACUGCAUAACGAGAUGGCCCUCUACCAGUUGGUGGUCCGUUGGUUGAACAAACAGAAGGAGCGCCUGCAGGCUACAGAUGUAUCGGAACAAGAUGUCAAGUUACACUUUGAUUCACUCAUUAUAACGGUUUUCUCACAUGUCAGGUUUCCAAUGAUGUGUCCGAAUCAAUUGGCCAAGUUAUUACUGUGUCCGCUGACUCAAGAACACAAGGAGUUUUUCAUGGAGAGAAUGGCGAUUGCUAUGAGCUACCAAUCAGGUCAAUACGAACGUAUAUCAGAGAUCCAACAAACCGAAGCUGGUCGUAUGUUAUUCACACCUCGUCUAUACACCGAGGACAUCUGGGGCUCCAUACUAGCGGUGGAUAAUUUCCACUCGCUUCCCUGCUAUCACACAAGGACCUUCAUCUUCUCAACCAGACCGACCAUUGCUGAUGUGACAGACAAACUGACAGAAUGGACCGUGGACCUCUACCCUAAGGGAGUGUGGUUCAAGAAAAGCAUGCUCAUUAUGUGGGCUGGCAACUAUGAUGUACCCGAGGUAGUGCUCCGUACAGUUCGUAUCUCCAUCACGUGUCAGAACGUCCCCGAGCGAGCCUCGCACGACCCCGACGUUAGGGUGAAGAUAGGUAUUCUGGUGUGGGGCGUCCAGAACGGAGUGGAGCACGUCGCCAACGUGGUGGAGAGGGUGCACAGGUUCUCAGCACAGAACAGGGUUCUUAACAUAGACGGUGCGUUGGACUUCGAUGAAUUGAACAGUCCCCUGUACCGACCCGCCGCGCCUCCCAACACGCCUAAGACUGGCGGCCAGCGGUGUCCGAAGUGUUCCGACAACUGUGAGGUCUCUCAGAAGACUCACCUGCUGGGACCCGCCGCUGACCAAUUGAGGAUCCAGGUGGUGAUAGUGCCGCUGACCGAUUUCUGUGACGUCAGCGACACACGCGGAUGA